UACCACACUCCAACCAUAUGAUCUCCACAGAGGACUAUUCAUGCUUCUCAUCUUCGACGACGGUGAUGAAGCAGCCAGCAACCCCGAUGUCUGCACAGCCUCCUUCGACCCCUCCUUUUCUUCUUCGUCUUCCUUCUGUCCUUCUCUGUCUUCACAUCCUAACGUUCGGCCUGUCUGAUGCUCAACACUGCUACGACAUUGGCAACUUCACGGCUGCCGGCAACUACGCUAAGAACCGUGAGCUUGUCCUCUCUUCUCUGGCUAACGACAUGGCUUCGAACGGCGGGUUCUACUCCGGGAAGGUAGGGAAAGGCUCGGACGUUGUUUACGUGCUCGGUUUCUGCAGAGGUGAUUCUUCGAACGACACUUGCUUCAAGUGCAUAAGCUCUGCUGCUGAAGAUUUGAUGACCAAGUGUCCGAACCAGAAAGCUGCAUUCUUCUGGGGGACAGGAGAUCGUCCGUGCAUCAUCCGUUACUCUGAUGGUCCGAUGUAUGGCGUGAAGCAGACAUUUCCAAAGUUAAUGGUAUAUAACACUGGCCACAUCCAGAUGGAUCAGGAUGAGUUCGAUCGGAUAUGGAGGAACUUGACAGAGGAUCUGGCAGUGAGGGCUUCGAUGGGGACGUCAGAGCUCAAGUUCGCGGCAGGGAGGACGUCGUUGCCGAACUUCCAGACCAUGUUCGCACUGUUGCAGUGCAGCCCCGAUUUGUCCCCGAUUGAUUGCCACAGUUGCUUGUGGGAAUGCAUAAAUGAUUAUCAAGGAUGUUGCCACGGAUAUCAAGGUGGUGUUGUUUACAAGCCGAGCUGCAUUUUCCGAUGGGAUUUGUACCCGUUUUUCGUGUCCAAGCCGGGAAAUCCUCUGUCAUCUCCGCCGCCACCAACUGCAGUCACCGAUGGUUAG